AACAUUGCACGUGUAGUUUAUAAAUGAAUGAUCGAUGUAGACUACAGUCUUGAAGAAAGAAAGCUCGUGAGCGCGCUCUGGAGGAGGAGCUUCGCUGAAACUAAACCGGCACGUGCUCUUAAUAGUCAUGUCAAGAAGAGCAGGUGAAUAAGUAGGAAGUCAGUAUCGAGGAUGACGUGCUUUCCAACACUUACCGGCUGUCUAUGCUUUUAAUUAAAAAGAAGAUGUUUAUUUGCUUUGACCUAAUCAUGACUCGAAAGGAAAAGGGUUGAUAUGGUGCAGAGAUGGAAAAGCCCCAAGAAAUGCAGGAAAAGCAGCAGUCAUCCCCACAGAUGGCGGCACCUGAUGGGGGUUGGGGCUGGGUGGUGGUGGGGUCCCUUUUCGUGAUUUCUGCCCUGGUGUUUGGGAUCAUCCGCAGUCUGGGUGUCUUUUUUGUGGAGUUUGUUCUGUACUUUGAUGAGAGUGCUCAGGCAGUGUCAUGGAUAACAUCCAUUGGGUUGGCCAUACAACAGCUAAUGAGUCCAAUAGGCACAGCUUUAUGUAAUGUGUAUGGAGCUCGUCCAGUUGUUAUGAUGGGAGGAUUCCUCUCAGGCCUGGGAUUCAUUCUGGCUUCCCAGGCAACAUCUCUUUUACAUCUUUACCUGACCAUGGGAUUCAUUUCAGGUUUAGGCUGGGCACUGGUCUUCACUCCUACUGUUGCAUCAGUGAUGCAGUAUUUCACCAUGCGGAGAUCUCUAGCCAUGGGCCUGGGCUUCACAGGCGUUGGUCUUGCCUCUUUCGCCUUCUCCCCGCUAUUUCAAUAUCUAGUAGAAGUUUACGCUUGGCGCGGGGCCUUGCUUAUCCUCGGAGGCCUCAGCUUUAAUAUGAUUGCUUGUGGAGCUCUCAUUCGACCUCUAGGGAAUCCAAAAGUUUUGAACAAGACUGAAAACUCAACCAACCUCAACAGAUGGUCUUUUUUACGCUCCCGUAUCUACGAGUGCUUUGAGCUUUCCCUGCUUUCACACAGAGGCUUCAUCACGUAUACCGUGGCCAUCACCUUCUUCAAUGCGGGCUACUUCAUCCCCUACGUUCAUCUGGUUGCCCACAGCCGUCACAUUAAUUUCACUGAGUACCAGGCAGCCUUUGUAAUCUCUAUAACUGGUGUGGCAGACAUCUUGGGCCGCAUAGCCUCCGGUUGGGCCUCGGAUCUGGGCAAAAUGCGAUUGCCCCACAUGCUGGUGGUGUGGACUGGGUUACUGGGCCUAUCUCUGAUGCUCAUUCCUGCUGCUGCGAGUUACCCAGGACUGUUGGUUGUGAGUGUGGUCUAUGGGUUCUGCGCAGGAGCGAUGACGCCGUUGGCCUUUGCGGUAGUGCCGGAGAUCGUAGGUAUCGAGCGAGUGCUGGGAGGCCUUGGCCUCCUGCAGCUCAUUGAGAGCAUUGGAGGGCUGCUGGGAGCACCACUGUCUGGUUGGCUGAAGGACUACACUGGAACAUACACAGCAUCUUUUAUCACUGCUGGAAGUUUCCUCUUGUUAGGUAUGUUAGUUACAAUGACUCUUCCCUAUUUCUGGUCUUGUACGGCCCCUCCACCCCCAUCACCAUCAAAGAAGAAGUCUCAGGAUUGCUCCAUGGAAGAUGGACUAUUUAAGCCAACCAUAUCCUCUUACUCUGUCCCUGAGAAACUGUGCCCCUUGGAUGGUAUGCUUUACACAGAUGUGGAGUUAAGGAUCUGUUCUAAGAGUGAUAUUACACAUCCAGAGCAAGAACGAGAAGAAAUACCUCAGGAAAUGAUGCAUCUGACUAAUUGUAAGGAAACAUUAUGAUUUUGUGAUGUAAGAAAAUACCUAAUGUGGUAGUGCUAGUUUUAGAAGGAUAUUUGGCAUUAUAUCAAACAAGAUAUAGGCAAAUAUUGGAAUUGGAAUAUUGGCCAAAAUGGUUUUAGAACACAUUUUGUAGUAAAAAUUUAAUGGUUAAUUUCAUACAACUUAGAGAGAUUUCCCCAAAGCAAAAUAAUAUAUAAUAUAUAUAUAAUUUGCUAUUAGUGCUUUUCGGAUAAAAACAAGACAAUCCGAUAGAUGUUCUCAAGUUUUGAGAGUUUGAAAGCAGCAGUCAGUUUACAGCUCAAAUGUGCAGUUAGCCUAACCUGUAUAAAGUUUAAAGCAAAUCUGUCUAAAUGUAAAAAAAUGUGGUUAAUUUAAUGAUUUCUUUAAUAUACAAGUAGACAUACACCAUGGUAGAACCAUGUUUUUGGACAUGCACCAUAAAAUUAGUGCCCUCUGAAGGUUAUACAAUAGGGCAAUAUCAGCAUAAAUCCUUAUGAUCUAAAUGCAACAAAGUAGCUUUAAUUGUCAUUGAAGACCAGCAAUAGUGCUGUUAUUUUUGAUUAUAUAAUAAUAGCAAUACACAAACAUCACAUUCAGACACCAGCAGCUGUGCAGUGUUAUUUUAGUAUCACUGAGAUACUGUUAUAGUUUUUAUUUUAUGUGAAGGUAAUGUGCAAAAUGUAGCACUUGGAAAGCUGUCAAUUUGUAAAUUCACAUUCUAAAAAAAGCCCAAUUCUAAACUGGGAAAUUUCUCAUCCAUCACCAUGUCCCUUUAGGGGCUCUGUAGAAAUAUCUUUUUAUAGUUUUUCUUAAUGCAAAAUCAUUACAAAAUAAUGAUUUGUGCUGAUAUUGUCCUAAAGGACAAUAUUUUCUUAGUCAUUUUUGAAUUUAUAUAGGGCACUGUAUAUCAAAUACCAUGGUAGCUAUUACUAUCUGACACCAUUACACUGUUUUAUUUUGGAGAAGUAUGUUGGUAAAAAUUCUAUUUAUUUAUAAAUGAUUUUUUUUAUUAUUAUUAUAUUAUUAGAAUUUUAGUAUUGUAAUAGUGACAUAUUUGACCUCUGGCACUUUCUGACAGGAAACUGAUUAUGAUGCACAUGUACAGCUUUAGGUUUUGGUGAAGUAAAUGACCUUUGUGGUUUUUAUCAAUCGCAUUUACUGAGGGGAUUUUGUGUUCAAGGUUAGUCAAACAUGAGGGCUGCUAGCAAGAACUUUCUCAAUUCCAAACAAAGCGUUUAACUGCUUAGUCAUCACAUAUCAGACAUGUUGUCACAUCAAGCUAAAGCUAAGAUAAAGGCAAAACAUUUUCUUGUUUGGUGCUAGAUAGGAUACAAAGACAGGAAAGGCAAGCUAAUGCUAACGUAGCAUUGCUAAUCCUGUUCAGCUCUUUAUUCUUUCUCUCUUUCACACACACUACUUACAUUUCCUUGAUUACUUUUGGUCUUUCUGGUUCUUGAGUUGCAUAGAAAUAUGAAGUUUUCAAGAUGUUCCUUUACAUUCCAGGUCUCAGAGUAUUGACAUAGUUUAUCCACUGAGGUCGCUGACUUAAAUUCACUUCAUCAUUGACCAAAGUGUUUGUGUUACAUACUGUGUUCUUCAAAGCCUUUUCUUUUUAAAUGUUUUAUUUGACAUAAUACAAGAGAUGUGCACACACUAGUGUAGAUUAAUUUCUACCUUGCUAGUUCUCUAUUUCACAUGGAAAACCCUUGAAUGGUAGUCAUGCUAGUUUUAAAGACACACUUCUCAUAAAACCAAACACGUGAGCCUUAAUCUUCAUAGACUGAGUCAAUGAGCUCAGCCACUGCCAGACUUUGCUUUCUCAUGUGAGAGGCUCUUAUUGCCUUGAGAUUGGCUGCACACACACUAAAGUCAGCACUGCCUUUAUGCAAUUAAACAUGCAGUUUGGCCAGUAGACCUCAGUAUGCUGGCAUAGAAUGAGAAGUGAAACUCCUCUUGAAGUUGGAUCAGUUCAGUAGCGUUAUAAAGAGAGCUUGACAGCAGUGCAGUUCAAUCACAGUAGGUCUAUUAGCAUUGGAUUGCCAAAGCAGGCAAUGACAUUAAACAUUUCAUCAUCUGGUUCUUUGAACUUUAUAGCUUUAGAACUACACUGCGCAAGUUGACUUUUGAUCUAAUUGAAAGGUUGAGUGGAAUUUGCCACCUGAGCCGAUCUGGUAGUCUUAACUUUUACCAGUGUACCAGCUGAUAGCAUGUGCCUGUUAUGCUUUAAUUUUCCAGGAAGAGCACUGUGUGGUAAGAUUUUAUUGAGAUUUUAAGAUGUGGUCUUAUUGGCACAAUUAAAUCUGUAUUUUAAGUAGACAGAUUUGUGUUUUAAUGUGGUUAAAUAAAGUGCUAUUUGAAAGAA